GCUGGAAUGGACGUUUUCCCUUCCAAUCCACGACCUUUCGAGGCUUUUCCAAACUUCAGCUUUGUGGUUUACCGUAUCCAAACCACAGAGCAGCUCUGAGGCUGUCCCAUGGCGAUACAAAUCGCAUUCCUCGUAUCACACUCUGAGAUACCUGCCGUGCCCAGGAUGCGGCGGCGCAUAUGCGAAUUUCUUUGUUUUGUUCGGCACUUGUUUCGGAGUUUACGGACUCGAAGUCGGUUCUAAACCGAAUCGAACGGGUCAAGGAGAAGCUCCACUCGCCUGGGGUUUCUGCUUUCUACGAGCAACAACAAAAAAAAAACCCGAAAGGCGUUUUCUGUUGUUAUUACAGGAGGCGACAGAGAGCAGAGGGUGUCUUGGCUCUGCGGUAUGCUAGCGCAGCUCAGACGGUUUCAAGGGGCAGGAAGUGAGGCGCGGACUGGCGCAGCUGGAUGAAGAAGAAUUCAAUCACGAGGAGGGAGAGGUUGUGUUGCUGUCAGGAUGACCGCGGCCGCGCAGCUGGGGCUCUGCCUCUUGGCCGGUGUGGCUCUCUGUAUCUUCGGGGGCUCUCGGAAGGACACAGACUUCUACAUUCCUGCUCUACAGGGUCUUGCUACUGUAACAUCCCUUAAUUUCAUUAAAAACGUUAGCGACGCAAAUCUUAUGUAUGAGUUCCUGCUGGGAGGACUGGUGAUAGACGAUGAUGACAACAUCUACAUGUUGGACGAGGAGAUGGCCUCCAUGCGCAAGGGGAAGGUCUUCAUCACCCUGCUCAAUGACUAUGUCCCCAAAACCGUCAUUACCAUGGAGCGCAUGCUGGCCGCGCUGCCGUACCAGGAGAAGCCCCUGGAGCUGUUCCGGUUCGAGACGCUGGUGCUGGGCACCGUGUACUCGGCCUACCAGAUGCGGCGCCAGCACCUGGAGCACCCGCAGAAGGCCUGGGGCGGGCUCCUUGUCCGGCUGGUGAACGCCACCCUCGUGGACCUGCGGAGACGCGCUCGACGCUCGGGCUGAGACAGGGCCGCGCCUGUCCCGGGACUGUCCUGGGCCUGUCUCGGGCUUGUCCCGGGCCUGUCCCGCUUGGUGGCUCAGAGCCACGCACCUGGAUCUGGAAAGAGCUUUCUUGUUCUGCUACGUGCCAAAAAAAACGUGCCAGUCUCUGGUUCUGCUUUUUCUAAGCCCAUUUUGUUCCCUGACUCGCAGCACAGAAUGUUUUGUUUUUAAAAUAGGAAAUUAAAAACAUAUUUGACACCGAUAACACAGUAGAAAUUUAACUCUGUUAUAAAUUCUAGCUAGUUAGGGCUCGGACUUAAUCAACAGCGCUAUCUGCAGGAGCAGAUCACAAACGUGGUACUUCUUGGUUUGCCAGAAAAUUCUUGCUUCUGCUCAGUGGAAGCUUGCCAUCAGUAUUGGGCUUGAAUUUCAGUAUCUCUGGGUGAUUCCCAGUAAUUCGAGGCAAACGUUUAAAACUUCAGCUGUGCAAGUUCUUUGCUCUGCACUGUUUCAGCUGCAAUGCAAUAAUUCUUUUGCAUAAGCAGAAGUGCACAUUUGUUUUGCUAUCACUUGGAUGUUAAACUAUAUAUAUGUAUGAAAAUACUAUGUUUGUAAUGACAGACCAUCAAAUUUUGAUAAAGGAAUGUACACCGAUUUCACAUAGUUGUCUACAUUUUUAACAUUUUGAUGAGCCCUUGUGUACUGUUUAUUACAAUUAUUGUGUUUAAUUA